CUUCAAUCAAUCUAAAAAAGGCGCGCUCACGAUACCUUCGUACGCUGCAACACUUCGUCUUCGUCGAGAAGUUUCUCUUCUCCGUCGUCUCUCCGAUGCCAACCUCUGCCGAUUCUUCUUCUUCUUCUUCUUCUUCUUCUUCUUCUUCUUCUUCUUCUUCUUCAUUUCUUGAUUGCGCUACUCCGAGGAGUCUGAGCGUUCAACUCGUGUCGAAAUCGGCGUCGGAUCGCCUUCUCGGCAAGUUUUUCGAUGCCUCGAAAUUCGACUUCGAUUACGAACAGAGUAGUUUGUGGUCUCCGCCGAUUCCGCGGCGAGUGUUUCUGGAUUCGCCGGUUGAUGUUUGCUCUGGUUAUGAGGUUCUCUCGAAGCUUGAGAAUGCGAAGAAGGCAUGGAGGAAACUUAUAACCUGUUUCGGAGGAUUUUGGUGUUCUUGGAAUCAUUGAUUCCACCUUACAACUUUUGAGCAAUUAUCUCCCAUUAUGAUCCGCGAUUCAAAAUGAUUCGGGAAAAAAAAAAGAAGAAAGAAGAGAAAUUAGGCUUCUCUUAUGAGUUUCUGUUAAUUGUUUUCUUACCAUUGAAGGAAGAAAAAGAAGAAAUCAAAAUUCACGAAUCUUAUAAUUUUACUUCCAUUUGUCAGAAGUAUGGAAAACAUGAAGAAUAUUCACAUUCUUUGGCUUCUCAUUUUGGCACCGCAGAAUUUGAAUUUGGUAUAUACAGUUGUCCUUCGAUCUCAGACAUGCUCAGUACUGUUGCAACUGCAAGGGGGGGAUGUUUAAAGCAGAAGAACGAAAGGGAGAUUCAGAAAACUCUGCAAUUGUCUGGGCAGGUAAGGCCAGAAUAUCUGCCUUUGCUUUUUGGUUAAGCUAAAGCACAUUCGGAACAGCCACCUACCUACACCAUGCACUGCUUUUUGCUUUUUCUUCUGAUUAUAAUCCUCCUUUUGUCUAUUGUAAGCUUGGAUUAGAUUCCUUUCAAUUCGUACUCUUUUCGUUCCUCAUACAUAUUCAUACAUAAAAUGUUCACUAGUGCUGUUGGUGAG